UUUAUGGGAAAUUAAAAAAAAAAUCAUUUUUAAUUUUAUUUUUUUUUAUAAGUGUUAAUAUGUUUUAAUUUCAAAGAAAGAAAUUUUUUAGUUUAUAAUUUCUUACUAUUAAAAUUUUUAUAUCAGUAAAUAUUUAGUAAAAUAAUUUAUGUUUAUUAAAUAGUUAGUCAAUUCUAAUUGUUAAUAAUAUAAUUAACAUUAAAUUUACUUCUUUUUAACUUUAAAAAAAAGGAAUUUAAUUUUUAAUACAAAAAUUCGAAUUUUUUUUUAAAAAUUAAAAUGAUUUUUUUUCUCUUUACAAUGGGUCUUGUGAAUUUAGUGCACAUGCGGACUAAACGAAAUAUGUGUGUGCGCCUGUGCUGAAAUUGGCAUCAAGUAGUAAACGACACUUGUAAAAAUAUUAAAUCAGUAUUUACUGGAAAAUCAAAUUGAAACGAAAAGUUUUAAAUUAAAACACAAAGCUAAAGCAGUGAAUGAGAAAUAAUGAAAAUAGUGAGAAAAAAAUUAUAUUGACGUUUAAAUAUAGGUGACUUUAUAUAGAAGAGAUCAGUCACAGUGAUCAGGUGGAAAUAUUGAUCCUAUACUCAAGUCUGCUUUCCUUAUGGUCUGUUGUCACAACAAUUUUUACGUCAAUUUUACUAAAUACAUUAAAAGCACAAACGAGCCUUAAAAAUUCAAUUUUAAUUAUCAAACAAAAAAUCAAAGAUGACUUUAAAUUACAAUAAAUAUAAAUGAAGUUUAUAAAAUACAAUUCUUCAUUAUUGAUUCAUAAUCAAAAAAAUAAAAACUCAACAGCUGUUUAAAGCAUGAAAUUUGAGAAAAACACUUAACUUUGAAAAAUUAAAAGUUAAUUUUUCAUUCAGAAUAUUAUUUCAAAAGGAAUCUACAAUUUGGUCAAUAUGGUGCAAAGUCGGCUAGUGAAUUCUAAUCCUACGAGAUGACAUCUCUUAAGAAUUUUUUGCAAUUUAUUACUGGAAUAAGAAAAAUUAAAAAAUGAAGAAACAAUAAUGAAUAGAACGUGAUAAAAAAUCACGUGUGAAACGUCAAACUGGAGCUAUUGUGUAAAAUGCCUCUGCCAAACAUCCUGAGAAAGGCGAGCAGUUACAUUCUUGGUGAUGGUUGUCAGGAUUCUCGCCGGGUGAUGUACCAGGAUGGAGAGGCACUUUUUUGUAAAAACAAUGUCUGUGUUCAUCCGCCAACAUUGAUGAGACAGCAUUGUGAUAUUGUACAUCAUCCUGGAUAUAUGACACUGACAUGUAAGAUCAAUAAAAAUUCAAAUGUACCAACUCUACAUCUCAGUUGGAUUCCAAAUAGUACACUACGAAAAUAUCCCACUACUCUUGAAAAUAUUAUAAAAAAUCGUGAAAAAAAUGCGAGUCCUUCACAAAUUCCCGGUGUUGAGGAAGAGAGAGUCGACGUUUGUUUAGAGGUGAAAGAACAGGUGAAUUGUGGAGAUUGCGAACGUAUUUGUUCAGGUGGUAAUUCAACAUCUCCUGUGGAAUCAUUACAGCAAGUUGAGAAUCAUUUGAAAAAUAAUCAGGAGGAUUUGGAAACAUCACCAAAAACAUCAGAGGUCUCGGAUUGUCAAGAUUUGAACGAAGAAACAGCGUCAAAACAAGUGAAUGAAGGUCCAAUUGUGAAUGAGGAAAAUAACGCCAACAGUCUCAGUAGAUUGACAUCCGAAUCAAUUGACUCGAAAGAUGAGAAAAAUGAUAAUUUCACAGGAAAACGAAUUCAAGAAUCAUUGGAGCAAAAUGGCAAAAUUAUCGAUGAAGAACCACGAUUUUUAUACAGUGACAAUGCGAGUAUCAAGAGUCGAAGUCUCUCCCUCACGUCAAAUUGCAGUUUAUUUGUUACUGUACCAAAUGAUGAAGAAAUACCAACGUGGAUGAGAACACCAGAAUUAUUAGCUCUUCAGCAUAAUUUAACAUUUCCGGAAAGUGCAACAGCAUCGCCUGUAACACUACGAAGAGCCCAUCGUUGUAGAAGAUUUUCCGUCGACCUUAGUGAAAUGAGAUCUCUUCGUUUAUUUUUUGCCGAUCCAGGUUGCACAAGUGGACAACUUGUAGUCGCUAGCAGAGAAAGUCAAUAUAAAAUUCUACAUUUUCAUCAUGGUGGUCUCGAUCGAUUGGCAACAACUUUACAUCAAUGGCAUCAGCUUCUUUAUCCCAGAUUGGACGCUGAGGCUGAAGAAAUCCUUCCCUACAGACAUUUCAUGGUGUGUCGACCAGAAGUUAGUCGAGAUGAACUUCAUCCAGAAGAGGGCCAAGUGCCAAUGAUAACAUCACUGGCUUGGAAGGAUUUAUUAAAUGAAAGAGGACAAGUGGAAGAUGAUUUGGCACUUCGAAAAGGAAUAUUUUUCGGUGGUUUGGAGCCUGCCUUAAGAAAAUUAGUGUGGCCUUUUCUCUUACACUGUUAUUCUUAUCAAAGCACUUACGAGGAUAGAGAACAAAUUGACGCGAUAAGACAUCAAGAGUACGAGGAAAUUGAACGUCGAAGACGCAAUAUGGGAUCCGAGGAACGUGAACGAUUUUGGCGAAAUGUUGUUUGUAUUGUUGAAAAAGAUGUCGUUAGAACUGAUCGAGCAAAUCCAUAUUACGCCGGUGAAGAUAAUCCCAAUAUUGAAGUGAUGAAAAAUAUUCUUCUUAAUUAUGCUGUUUACAAUGCACCACUUGGUUAUACGCAAGGAAUGUCGGAUCUCUUAUCACCGCUAUUGGCGGAAUUAAAUUCCGAAAUCGAUGCUUUUUGGUGUUUUGCCGGUUUAAUGCAAAGAUCAGUUGCCGUUUGUACACCAACCGAUAUUGAUAUGGAUAGAAAUUUGAGCUACCUCAGAGAAUUAAUUCGAAUAAUGGUUCCUGAUUUUUAUUCUCAUCUUCAAAAACACACUGACGCUUUGGAAUUGCUAUUUUGCCAUCGCUGGGUUCUAUUAUGUCUAAAACGUGAAUUUCCAACAGAAAUGGCAUUGAUCAUGUGGGAAGCAUGUUGGGUCAAUUAUCUAACGGAUCAUUUUCAUUUGUUCCUUUGUUUGGCCAUAAUGUGCGUCUAUGCAGACGAUGUAAUAGCUCAAGAUUUGCGAACCGAUGAAAUGUUAUUGCACUUUAGUUCAUUAGCAAUGUACAUGGAUGGUAUAGUAAUACUUCGAAAAGCUCGAGGUUUACUGCAUCAUUUUAGACAGCUUGAUAGGUUGCCCUGCACAUUGGCCGGCCUUUGUAGACAAUGCGGUCCCGGAAUGUGGGACAGUAGUCAUGAUCCCGUAAUCGAGUGCGUUGGACAUCCCGAUGAAAAAUGUCCUUUCGCUGACAAUUACGAGUAAAAAAAGACCUAAGAAACCUCAUUGUCAGGAACGUCAACUAUUUCAUUUUUCAAUUUCUUAACAAUUCACGUCAAUACUAAAAUUAAGAGAAUUCGAUUUGAAAAAUUGAUUUCCCAAUAUUUUGAAAUGUUGAUUAUUUCAAAGAAAUUUUUUUUUUUUUCUAUAGCGAGGAACAAAAUAACUAGUCAGAACUAGUUUUUAAAAAAGCGUAAAAUUAUCAAUUAUUUAUAUAUUAAUUUGCACCGAUCGUCGCUCAUUGAUUAAUAAGCUCAGUUAAUUAAAACACGUGUGGGUGUAUACCAUUAAAUAUAAAUAGUAUAAAUUAUAAAUGUAUACAAGCGAUCAAAAGUUUUUGGCAUUAUAUAAUGGCCUUUAUGUGUUCAAUUUCUGAAAGACGUAAAAAAAAGUAUUUUGGCUUAAGAUUCUCAGUAUCGAAAGAUUUUUACUUAAAAUACAAAUUAUUAUAAUCCGUACCAAGCUGUGGUUGAAUAAAUUCACAGCCUUAAGUCGAUAGAAUUAUUACCA